UUAGAGUAUCCUGUGUCAUCAACUCACGGGGCUUUGUUGUUCUUUCGGGAUGGAAAGACGGGACAAAAUUUCUUUAAUUCUUUGUAAACAGUCUGAGUUAAACGCCCGUAACAUUUCAUUUGGAUCAGUAUAAUCAAAAGCGGUUAUCGUACGGAUUUGAACUGAUCUCUUCUGGUGAAAAGUGGCGUGUUUGUGGGACCAACUCAGUUCAGCGGUGAGCUAGCUAACCUCUCCGGGAGGGUGUCCUGGCUGGAGCGGAAGGAAUUCCAACCACUGAAAGAAGAGCAGAAAUCUCUGCUGGGAUGCCCCGCUUAAGUUGGAAAAAACUGUAUUUUACGAUUCCACCUGGAAUCGUGACGAUAUAAAUCUUAAAUAUGUGCUUGCUUGAAUGGUUGUAAACUACAAAAACAACUCUGGGGUUUAAUAAGUAUUAAGUUAACGUGCCAGUUCUAGCUAGCCACGUAGCUAACUCUCAGUGGGAAGGCAUUUAAAAUGGCGGAAGGCUGGCCCAUUCCUUCGGCCCUUAUCUUCAUGCUGCUAAGUUUGAGUGCCUGGGCCAGUGAGUCUUGUCCUGCUACUUGCUGGUGUUAUAACACAGAGGAUGAGGUUCAUAUUCUGGACUGCAACAGAAGAAGGCUGUCGAUGGCUCCAGUGGAAGUCCCAGAUGGGAUAACCCAAGUUACUUUGAAUCACAAUGAGCUGACUGUUUUUCCCUAUCUUGGAGAUGUCUCCUCAAACAUCACAGGACUUUCUUUAGUCCACAAUCGGAUCACUGAGCUGUCAAUGCUUCAGCUACAACCAUAUGUUUCCCUGGAGACACUGGACCUUACAUCCAACUCGAUCUCUGAGCUCAGAGUUGGAUCCUUUCCAUCUAUGCAGCUGAAAUAUCUUAAUUUGAGCAACAACAAGAUCAGCGUCCUGGAGCCUGGCUGCUUUGAAAACAUCUCCAGCUCCCUGCUGGUGCUGAGGCUGAACAGGAACAGAUUGGCUGUGCUUCCAUCCAAAGUCUUCAGACUUCCACAACUUCAGUUCCUUGAACUGAAGCGGAACAAGAUCAAAAUUGUUGACAGCCUUACAUUCAAGGGGAUGGACUCCUUGAAAUCACUGAAGAUGCAGAGGAAUGGCAUCACUAAGCUCAUGGAUGGAGCCUUUUUUGGACUGAACAACAUUGAAGAAUUGGAGCUAGAGCACAACAACCUAACGGAGGUUAACAAAGGUUGGCUGUAUGGCUUGCGCAUGCUGCGUAUCCUGCGGGUCAGCCAGAAUGCUGUCGGCAUCAUUGGACCAGACGCCUGGGAGUUUUGCCAAAAGCUUGAGGAACUAGACUUGUCCGGCAAUCAUCUGACUAGACUUGAGGAGACCGCUUUCAAAGGUUUAGAUUUCCUGGAGAGCAUGAACCUGGGAGAAAACUCUAUCAGCCAUUUGGGAGAGGGAGUGUUCAGUGGCCUGUCAAGUCUGCGCACCCUAGAUAUCCGUAAUAAUGAAAUCUCCUGGGCCAUUGAAGACUCCAUUGGUGUAUUUGAUGGCAUGAAGAAGCUAAACACUCUAAUCCUACAACAGAACAAAAUCAAAUCAAUCACAAAGAAAGCGUUUGAAGGGCUGGAGGAGCUUGAGCACUUGGACCUCAGCAAGAAUGGUAUCAUGUCGAUACACCCAGAGGCGAUGUCUCAUAUGAAGCUGAAAGUGUUUGUCCUGAACACAAGCAACCUGCUGUGUGACUGUCACAUGCAGUGGCUGGGUCCUUGGUUGACAGACAGCCAGUUCCAGCAGUCUGUCAGUGCUAUCUGUGCCCAUCCUGUGAAUCUGCUCGGUCGCAAUGUCCUGUCCAUCAGCCCGGAAGAGUUUGUUUGUGAUGAUUUCCCCAAGCCUCAGAUCACAACUCACCCAGAGACGUCUGUUGCACUGCGGGGAAACAAUGUGACUCUGAGCUGCAUUGCGUCCAGCAGCAGUGAUUCACCAAUGACCACAGCCUGGCGGAAGGAUGGGGAGGUGCUGUAUGAUGCAGAAGUGGAAAAUUAUGCCCGGUACCAAGAGGGAGAGCUGAUCUAUACCACUGUGCUUCACCUCCUCAAUGUGAACUUCACCGAUGAGGGGCGUUACCAGUGUGUGGUCUCCAAUCACUUUGGUUCCAAUUACUCCAACAGGGCCAAGCUUACUGUCAAUGAGAUGCCUUCCUUUCUUAAGACCCCCAUGGAUCUGACAAUCCGGACCGGGACUACGGCCAGGCUGGAGUGUGCUGCUGAAGGCCAUCCAUCACCACAGAUUGCUUGGCAGAAAGAUGGAGGCACUGACUUCCCUGCUGCCCGAGAGCGCAGGAUGCAUGUGAUGCCGGACGAUGACGUCUUUUUCAUUGCUAAAGUGAAAACAGAAGACAUGGGAGUGUAUAGCUGUACCGCUCAGAAUGCUGCUGGCAGCCUGUCGGCAAAUGCUACUCUGACUGUUCUGGAAACCCCAUCCUUCAUGCGGCCACUGGAAGACAGAACAGUGGCCCGGGGUGAAACUGCUGUGCUUCAGUGUAUAGCUGGAGGCAGCCCUGCUCCUCGUCUCAACUGGACCAAAGAUGAUGGGCCUUUGGUACUAACAGAGCGCCACUUCUUUGCUGCAGCCAAUCAACUUCUUAUCAUUGUUGAUGCUGGUCCAGCUGAUGCUGGGAAAUACACCUGCAUCAUGUCUAAUACUUUGGGUACAGAGCGUGGCCACAUAUACCUGAGCGUCUCGCCAUCACCAAAUUGCGAUACAGGCACAGUGUAUGACCAGGAUGGCUGGACCACUGUGGGCAUCGUGGUGAUUGUGGUGGUGUGCUGUGUGGUCGGUACUUCGUUGGUCUGGGUCAUUGUAAUCUAUCACAUGCGUAGGAAAAGUGAGGACUACAGUAUUACCAACACAGAUGAGAUGAAUUUGCCAGCAGAUAUUCCCAGCUACCUAUCCUCUCAGGGUACUUUGUCUGAGCCUCAGGAGGGUUACAGUAAUUCUGAGGCUGGGAGCCACCAGCAGCUCAUGCCUCCCCUCUCUAAUGGAUAUGUCCAUAAGGGCACUGACGGUGUGUGUUAUGGAGACACAGGCAGCGAGGUGGAAACUGAAGGGAACAGCAUGCUGCACUGCAGGGUUGGCUCGCUGUUUACUGGCCGUAGCAGUUUCCACCCUGGGGAGCCUCGCGAGGGACUAGCUGGAGUCGCCCCAGGCGGUGCAGGUCCUCUAGUCAUUUGCUCUGACUGCUAUGACAAUGCCAACAUCUACUCUCGCACGCGGGAAUACUGUCCCUAUGCUUAUCUAGGGGAGGAUGAUCCACUGGACAAGACUGUGCCAGGUCUGAAGGAGAACCUCAGUGAGCGUGCCCAGCAUGAGGACGCAGCUCUGAAUAGCCUCACUGGCAAUCAGGACUCUUCUGUCUUUUUCACCUCACAUGAUAAAAGACUCAGCAGCCACACUCCUCCAGAGCACUAUGAUUCACUUAGCAGGUCUUUCUGGAGAGAAGCAGAAAAUCUAUCUUCGAAGCCCCCGCCUGGAGCAUCCCAGAUCCCAGUGACUGUACAUAGGACACCUCCUCUGACCUCUGCAACUGAUGGAGCAGCGGAACAGAGUGAAGCAGAAGUGGACUAUUCACCCAGCCAAUGCAACCAAGACCACAGAAGUGCCUCUAAUAGGACUAACCCUCAGGAGCAUCCGGCUCCCACAUAGGUUUUUACAUUCUGGCCACAUUCUGCCUCUGACACUUUGUUGCUGCAACCCCCCCAUUUCACAUUCACCCUUCACCCACUACCUCCAAAGAGACUCCUCAUGUUCUGCCAAAGAUGCUCUCUUGUAUGUUUACAUUCCCCUUUAAUCAAGAGGACAUACUAGUGUGCUCCAGUGUGGAAAGACUUGCCACAUCAGACCGGAUACAUGGACAGGUGAUUAAAGUGACCUCCUUUCUGACAUCUCCACCUCUGCAAGACCUCUUUCCUCCCAGAGCCUCCACUCUCCUUUGUUCUCACCCAAGAGAAAACUAUGAAUGUAUGCUUUAAAGAGCCAUGUCAGAUGCUGCCAUGAGAGAACACCGAGACACGGUCGAGUCCUCACAAGCUGGCAGUUUUGUCUCAUUAUUCCUGGUACAGACACCUGUUGGAGCAGCCUACAUGACUUGAGAAGAAAUCACUAGAAUACUGCCUCUCAAGCGGGAAAAAUGGGGGUUAAAGAGGGGACAGUGGUAGUUCCCUGACCAGCAGUUUUUGAUGGAUAAUAUUGGAAAGACCCUUGAAGGCAUACCUACAUUCCCACAGCCAUCCUGACUGACUCAAAACUAUGCUAUGGUAUCCAUUUAUGCAAAUCCCAGAGACAUGACAUCAAAAUAUGGUGUAUAUUAUGAAUAUAUAUGGAUAUAUCAUAUAUUAUCAAAACUUAGGUUUUUUUUUCCUUAUGUCAAACGCAGUUGAUAAUUCCAUAUUUUAUGUCUUCGUAAUGAUGAGCAGUUUGAGGACAAAGGGUACAGUUGUUGUUUUGGUUUGUUUUGGUUUGUUUUUUUGCACAUGAGACAAUCACAGUUUUGCUGUCGACCACUUUCAGUUAUUGUCUAAUGGAUGGCCUUUUAAACAAGCAUUCUCAGUAGCCUUGAUCAUGUGAUAUAUUUUUUUUUUAAUGCUUUUUUUUGUUUUUGUUUAAAUACAGUAUGCACUGAUUUGUUUUCCCUUUUCUCCUAUGUUAACAAGCACUUAAUUUAAUGGUGGCAAAAUUAAUUAUGCAGUGUGCAUGACUUUUUUUUUUUUUUUUUUUUAUAUACAAGUCGAUUUAUCAUCAUAGUUUAUUCUCUCAAAGCUAUUGUUCCUUCUAUGAAUAUUAUGUAACCCUAGGUUUCCACUUAGGACUGUGAACAUGAGAAUGUAAUGUAUUAUUUUAUACAUGUAUGUAUGUGUACAUAAUACUAGUUAUUAAAUUCAAUGUUCUAAUAAUCCAUUUGCUGAGAGGUUCGAGGUAUGAGCUGCAGUAACUUUGAAAACAUUAAGCUUAUUUGUUUUAAGUUUCUGUUGUCCCACCGCUAUCUUCAAAAUCUUAUAUGUUCUUUCAGGUAGCAAGAUAACAUUUUUCUUGAUAAUUGGGUGUUAUUUUCUUAGAAUUGAAAGACGGCACUCCCAACAGCUGCCUGGCCUCAGCAAGCUGCACUCUUUCCAAAUAAGAGCUAUUGUUAUUCUUUAGGUUUGGAAGCAAAAAUGCCCCCGUUAAAAGAAUGUCCUGGCCCAUCAGUUUUGAUCUAAUGAGUUGUUCUUAAAGUCUUCUAGAUUAUUGCACUUUGAAGUUGUUCAUCCGUGAUUGUUUCUGAGUGGUAUUUACUCAGUAUUAUUAGAAGAUUACACUUAGCUGCCAGUGUAUUUGAUAAACCUAGCAAAAAUGAACGCAGUCAAAUAGUGAUACUUUUGCCGUUUGCGUACUAUUUUAAUGAAUGAAUUUAAAGUGUUUUUAUUUAAAUUUUAUUAGAGACUGAUUCAACUCUACAGUCAUUUUGUUGGGUGUAGUUAAAUGUGUUUGUGCUCUAUACCAGUGUGAAUAGAAACAUUGCUUGUAUACAGUCAAAUUGGCUUCUCCAUAAUGAUUAUACAGUUGAGUAAACACCUUACCAAAGUUUUUUUUUUUUUUAAACUGAACCACUCUAAUGAAUAAGGAUUAUCCUAACUGCAUGAGUUUUUAGUUAGGUGCUCUAAGUAAACUGGCAGCUGAGUGUAUGUCAUGUUCAUAUUUUUCUAGACUUUUUUUUUUGCAUAUAGUUGACCAACACACGUUUGAGAAAUGGAGUAUUCAAAGGUACUGAGUCGAGGCACAGAAAAAAAUCACAAAGUAAAAAGUUCAUCUACAGUGCACAUUGUGAUGUAGCUUGAUGCUGUGUCUUCCAUGUAAUGUCAGAAUAUCUCAUUUAUGUGUUAUCAGUAACUUCUCAAAAAUGCAUUGAUUAAUAUUUUCCACAGAACUUCACCUCCUUGCUGGUACGUGCAGACAUGAAUUGUAUUUUGUUUCCACUUUCUUCUACCCGCACAUUCCUUUGAAUUCCUUUGAAUAACCUCAACUGUUACUGGCAUCACCUUUCCUGGCCCCUCUGUAUUUUUUCUAUUUUUUUCAUAUUUCUUUUUUUCAGUGGUGGCAGAUUUGUGUGUCGAUGUUCCCAGACCGUUGGUCAAAGUCAAUUUCAUGCCCCUCUUAAGCGAUACAAAAAUUUAAAUGAAAACUCGCUGCGAUAAGUUAUCCUAAUGAAGCUACAUAUCUGGGAGGCAGAAAUCAAUUCAGUGUUCAAUACUUUUCACCAACGCAGCCUAAAAUAAUGUGCAUUUGUUUUGUUUUCUGAAAUGCCCUUUAUGACUUUAUACCAAAGUUUAGCAGUAACUGCUCUGGCAAUAUCCAAUGCUGCUUUUUGUUUUUGUUUUUUACCUUGUUUCCUGUACAUUCUGUAAAGCAUGUCUAACGAGCCUUUUUGUUACAUAGCCAUUAUUCAAACAUUAAACGUGAAUUCUGAUCAUG